CCAUAAAACAAAAACGGGCAAGCACCAAAAGCACAAGAUUUUCAAACAAAAAUGACGACAAGUACCGACCAAAACCAUUUCGGUUCAUACGAACAAGAUGGCAGUGAGCAUUACAGUUCUGUGAAGUAUGCUCCUAGCGACGAUGACAACGGUAAUGUGUUGUACGAUGAUGAUUUAUGUGCCGAGUAUAUCGAAAGUGGAAGCGACGGUGGCCUCGAUCCCGGGGUUCUCCUUGCGAUACUGGAAAAUGCUGUCGACCAACACCAUGGUCAUCCUACCAUGAUGGCUAUUAGCAGCACCAAUCCCGAAGAACUCCCACAGAAACGCGAAGAUCUUGAGCAGACCUGGAAAGCCAUCCGCACGUACUGGUUGUGGGCGCACGAGACACGCGAGCAGCGUUCCGCCGCUGCUUACCUCCGAGGAGCGGCGGAUCUUGCACCACUCCAUCUCAUCUGCAAGCUCACUAAUAACCCACCAACGGACAUCCUAAACGAAAUUGUACAUGCGGCCCCUGAGGUAGCAGCUUGGGCGGACAGCAACAUGUGGAUUCCUCUACAUCAUGCAUGCAUUAAUGGUGCAUCUACAGAGGUUUUGAAGCUACUGAUAAGCACAUAUCCCAAGAGCAAGGGCUGUUUGGAUGGACACAACCGCACCCCCCUGCAUUUGUAUGCGACGCGCGGCAAUUCUGACAACUAUAACCCACUCACCAUGGCGACGAWUUUUUCGCUCCUGUGCAGUGCUGUCACUGGCGAGGAUUCAUCAUCAUCGCUAGAAAACUUAUCUGUAUCCGCAGCAGAGGUGCGGGAUGUUGCAGGCAUGAUCCCGAUGCACUAUGCAUGCGCCUACGGAACCGCCCCGAGUGUCCUCCAAGUAUUGGAGGAGGCGUACCCACAGAGUAUCAAUGCGAAGGACAACAAUGGGAGAACUCCGCUGCACUUUGUGAUGGUAAAUGCACAACGUACUGCAAGUCCAGGAGUCCUCCGAUUUUUGCUAGGCUGGCAAGAAGGCGAAAACGGGGGUUUGGUUUCUCGUGCGAAAAGCAACAUCCAAACGUGCUCCGUAAAUGUUAGAGAUGACGACGGACACCUCCCGUUGCACAAACUCAACAUCGGUUUGAACGGGUCAGAUCUGGAACAAACUCCAGAGAAAUUGGACAGCGCCGCGGAAUGCCUAAAGCUCUAUCUAGCAGCGGAACCCUCCGCGUCGACAGACUUUUUGGCAGCCUUGCAGGCCCUCCCUGAUUUGUUGCAAGACGUGGCGGUGGUUAGCCCUCACGUCCGCAAUAUCCUGAACAAAAAAAUCAUUCAGCGCUUCCCGACCUCCAUUUUGGUGAGUUCAAACAUCCCAAGAAUGAAACGCAGCCUGAGUUUGUGAAAGUUGGUAUCCCAUUCUAACAACUAUCACGAAAUGAACUCUGUUUUCAUCAUUGCUUCUGUUUCACGAAAUAGAUGCUUGACGGCAUCAUGCUGGUGAUCAUGAUUGUCGCCUUCGAGCUGGCCACCACUCGUUUCAUAGACCAAUCAGUGGAAGGUAUUACUAUAUCUCUCGAAGACGACCUUGAGCUACCGUUACUGAUGCUAUACACAACCGCGGCAUACUUUUUCCUUCGUGAACUAAUUCAAGUCAUAGCAUCACUCACACUGGGCGCUUUCACUUCUUGGUUAUACGACACAACCAAUUGGUUGGAUGUUUUGGUCAUCACUCUCGUGACUUACUACUCGAUCAUCAUGGCGAUCGAUGAACCACAAAAUUAUGCAAAUGAUGCUAAAGAGGCAGAAGAUCCGUUCGAAGCCUUUCGCUCCGGAACCGCCUUGACUAAGGGAGUGUUGUGGACAGCCGUCAUAUUUUUUCUGAAAAGCACCCAGGUCGAUUUUGCUGUUUUCUUGAACGGUGUCUUCUAUGUAGUUCAUCGAUUGGUAGCCUUUCUCCUGGCCAUCUUGGUUAUUUUGAUUUCGUUCGCCCAAAUGUUUUGGGUAGUGUACCUGGAACAGCCAGUAUGUAGAUUUUCUUGCGGUGAAGAUGACAUACAGUGCAAAGUAGAAAUGGAAGGGUGCGCCUACCCGCAUUGUGAGUUUGGGGAUUCAUUUCUGAAGGUGGGUACAACAGAUCCGAGUCAUCGAUAUUGUAUUUCCAGAUGGCUUCAGGUUUUUUACUCUGGCUUCCCGCUUUCAAAAAACUUUUUGUCAUACCUUUGCUUACCCAAAUGAACUGUUUUAUUAUUGUAACUUAAGGUCUACACAAUGAUGAUGGGGGAGAUCGGAACGGAAACUCGAUACGACGAGAACCUAGUAGCCCAGAUUUUGUAUAUAUUCUAUGGAUUCUUCAUUGUCAUUCUUUUGAGCAAUGUUUUAAUCGCUAUUGUGACAGACUCCUACGAAGUCGUUCAAAACGACCGUGCAGCAAUCGUCUUUUGGUCGAAUCGCCUGGACUUCGUCGCAGAGAUGGACGGCAUUGCCUCUGUGGUUCGCAGACGUAUCUUUUGUGCGGAAAGAACUGUACUAAAAAAAUCCAUUGCCUCGAACGAUACACACGACGAUCAGUCACAAGACAGUGUCCCCUCUUCGGAAAUUUACGACAACACGGAUGAGACCGAAGAGUGGCUUCGUCAAGAAUGGGAUUCGGUGCUUUCUCUAUUUGAACCCGACGUUUAUGGUGCCGCUGCCGAAGACAUUCGCCCUAUUGAUUUUUGGAUCGAAAUAUUGAAAAAGACUCUUGCCGUCGUUGUGAUCCCCCCAUGGUUGAUAUUUGGAUUUGUGACAGUGGGAAUCCUCUGGCCUCCCCAGGUGCGCGAGUGGUUGUUUGUCCAGGUGGAUUCCGUCGCUUCCCGGGCCGAAAUCGAACGCCGCAAGCUCGAACAGCUCCAGCAAAUCCAACACGAAACUAAACUAUUGAAGGAUGAGAUGCGCAUGGAAAUGAAAAACAGUCGUGACGAAAUGUUCCGCACGAAAGCAGAAGUCGACGCGGUCCAGGAAGAAGUUUUGGCAGACCUACAGCAAGUUAGCGUGCUUGUCAGUACCCUCUUGUCAGAUCUAGGAGGACUCGAAGGGUAACCAAUACUAGUACUAGCAGUGCUGCCAGAUUCAUUACAU